UACCUUAAUAUCCACAUAUAACUGUUUUGCUGCACUUCCCUGUACCAUAUGCUGAGUUGUAUCUUAUUUAGAGGGAUCUGAUUGGUAAAAUUGUCUAGGUGAAUAUUUCAGUCAAAGCUCAGCCACCUUAAAUCCCGCAUUAACAGAAUUAACCUCGUCGUUGAUGGUUGGCUGGGCAGCUUAUACUUACUGUCUUGUUGGGGAAGACACUUGAUGCGCAGCCAUUUUCAGCCUACAUAUUGCGCAGGAUUAUAAGAUCACAAUUGCAAGAUACAAGUGACAAACGGGAUCUCGCAGCUAAGGAGAGCUAAAUUUCAGAACAACUCAAGUUAUAAAUACUUGAGUUUUGCUGGAACUGAAACUAAGCUCAUUGAGAAAUCUACAUAAACAACAAUGGGGAAUAGCACAAGUAGCGCAAUAUCAAAGGAGAUCCUCGAGGACUUGAAGCUCAGCACCAAAUUCACCGAAAACGAAAUCUGCCAAUGGUACGAAAACUUCCAGAAGCAGUGUCCAUCCGGUCGCAUCACGCCGGAAGAGUUUGAACAGAUCUACUCAAGAUUUUUCCCGGAUAGCGACGCCAAAAGCUACGCCCGGCACGUUUUCCGUUCUUUCGACACCAACGAUGACGGAACCUUGGAUUUCAAAGAGUACAUCAUUGCUUUGCACAUGACCUCCACCGGGAAGACCACGCGCAAACUGGAGUGGGCCUUCUCUCUGUUCGAUGUGGACAAAAAUGGAUACAUCAACAAGACUGAAGUCACGGAAAUCUGCCAGGCCAUCUUUAAGCUGAUCCCGAAGGAGGAGCAGAGUAAGCUACCCGAGGAUGAGAACACCCCAGAGAAGAGGGCUAACAAGCUCUGGGCUUUCUUCGAAAAGAAAGACAAUGAGCGUCUGGCUGAAGGAGAGUUCAUCAAAGGAGUAAUUGAAAAUGAUAAUGCGAUGCGUCUCAUCCACUACGAACCAAUCAAAGAAUAGAAGACCUUUUCAGUUUUUUUUCCCCCUUGU